UCUUUACCGACACGUCCUUGUUUGUGCGUUUUAAUCAGCGAUUGGAAAAUAACAGGUACCCUGAUCCGUCCGCCUCUCGCACCCAGAUACACCCAGAAGGGACGUGGGGGGAAAAGAAAACCAACACAACCCCCUUCCUGACGCUCCGUGUGUGCGCUUCCCUGCGUGUUAUUGUGUGGUGUCACAGGCAGCGCACAGGGUAAAAACAGCCGGGUUGAAUCGCAACGUGUGUGUUGAGUGUCACCGCAGUCUGGCUGUAUUUUUCUAUGAAGCAGCCUGAUUUAAUGGGGCUGCCGUCAGCCAGUCUCCCCGCCUCUGGACGCAUCAAUUUAAUCCUUUAAAGAAGACUUUGUGGAUAUGGAAUGGUGCAUGCCGCUGGGCCAAGUUUUCAGCCUCUGAAAAACACCGGAAUCAUGGACAGUCAUCCGCUGUGUACCAGACUCUGUCCACACACUCUGGACAAAGAAGAUGGAGUGGAGAGGCAGGGUCCCGUCACUCUCAACCCUCGGCACAUGAGGAAGGCGUUCAAAGUCAUGAACGAACUGCGCAGCCAGAGCCUGUUGUGUGACGUGACCAUAGUAGCGGAGGACGUGGAGAUCUCUGCUCACAGGGUGGUGCUGGCUGCAGGGAGUCCUUACUUUCACGCUAUGUUCACAGGUGAGAUGGCAGAGAGCAGGGCAAAGCGAGUGAGGAUAAAGGAGAUGGACGGCUGGACUUUGGGCCUGCUGGUGGACUACAUUUACACAGCAGAGAUACAGGUCACAGAGGAGAAUGUGCAGGCAUUGCUUCCUGCGGCGGGCCUGCUCCAGCUGAACGAGGUGAAAAAAGCUUGUUGUGAGUUCCUGAGCUCUCAGCUUCAUCCGUCCAACUGUCUGGGAAUACGAGCGUUCGCUGAUCUGCACGCCUGCUCUCAGCUCCUCACACAAGCCAACAGCUAUGCAGAGCAACAUUUCACUGAGGUGGUUGGGAGUGAAGAGUUUCUCAACCUGGGAAUGGAGCAGGUGUCCAGUCUGAUCGCCAGCGACAAGCUCACCAUCCCCACAGAGGAGAAGGUAUUUGAGGCAGUGAUAGCCUGGGUGAACCAUGAUAAAGAUGUCCGACAGGAACACUUGGCUCACCUGAUGGAACAUGUUCGUCUGCCGCUUCUCUCAAGAGAAUAUCUGGUGCAGCGGGUGGAGGAGGAGUCUCUGAUUAAAAACAGCAGUGCGUGUAAAGACUACCUGAUCGAAGCCAUGAAGUAUCACCUGCUGCCAGCUGACCAGAGAGCCCUGAUGAAAACUGCACGCACACGCAUGAGGACCCCCGCCUGCUGUCCCAAGGUGAUGGUCGUGGUUGGAGGCCAGGCUCCGAAGGCGAUCCGAAGUGUGGAGUGUUACGACUUUGAGGAGCAGAGAUGGUACCAGGUGGCUGAGCUCCCGACCAGGAGAUGCAGAGCAGGUGUGGUGUAUGUAGGCGGCUGUGUUUACGCUGUUGGUGGUUUCAAUGGUUCUCUUCGUGUGCGGACGGUCGACUGUUACGACCCCAUGAUGGAUCGCUGGACAAGUGUGAGCAGCAUGCAGGAUCGGAGAUCAACACUAGGGGCCGCUGUGCUUAACGGGCUGCUAUAUGCUGUGGGCGGGUUCGACGGCAGCACAGGUCUGUCGACAGUCGAAGCAUACAACGCUAAAACAGACGAGUGGUUCCAUGUGUCACCCAUGAGUACCAGACGCAGCAGUGUAGGAGUGGGUGUUGUUAAUGGAAUCCUGUAUGCAGUAGGAGGUUAUGACGGUGCAACCAGGCAAUGUCUGAGUACAGUAGAAGCUUACAACCCUAAAAGUAACACGUGGAGCUACAUCGCAGAAAUGGGCACAAGACGUAGCGGAGCAGGUGUAGGAGUGUUAAAAGGUUUACUGUAUGCUGUGGGGGGUCACGACGGUCCCCUAGUAAGGAAGAGCUGUGAAGUUUACGAUCCAGCCUCCAACAGCUGGCGGCAGGUAGCUGACAUGAACAUGUGUCGACGUAAUGCAGGUGUGUGUGCUGUAAAUAAUGUACUCUAUGUGGUGGGAGGAGACGAUGGCAGCUGUAAUUUGGCCUCUGUGGAGUAUUACAAUCCAAACUCGGACAAGUGGACGCUACUGCCAACCUGCAUGAGCACAGGUCGCAGUUAUGCAGGUGUGACUACGAUCGACAAGCCUUUAUGACUGCACUUCACACCUGCCGCUGACUCUGAGCAGAGCGUAUUCUCCUGCUAAAUACUGAUCUUGGAUCUGUCUAUGAUGCCAAUGCUUCGAUGUUGGGCAGCAUUAGCACAGGCACUGAGGAAGAUGAAGACAAAUGACAAGAUUGUUGUUGUUUAUGAGGAAGAGGAUGGAGAUUUUUGCACUUAACCUGCAGGAAAGGAGGGUGUAACAAACAAGAGGGGGGAUCGAACCCGUGUUUUAACUCCCUCCUGGCAGGACUGCCGCAGCGACUGUACCACUGCAGUGUCACUGUAACACUACUGAUAUGAAGCUACUACAACUGCAAAGUUACCUUGACUCUAGUAAUGCUAACAUGAACCAGCGAGGAGAGGACGGCAGAGAAAGACCACUGGGGACUGUAAAUCUUUGUUUCUCCUUCGUUUUUAUCCUCCUGAAAAGUGUCUCAGAUCGAGUGUGUGUGUGUGUGUGUGUGUGUGUGUGUGUGUGUGUGUGUGUGUGUGUGUGUGUGUGUGUGUGUGUGUGUGUGUGUGUGUGUGUGUGUGUGUGUGUGUGUGUGUGUGUGUGUGUGUGUGUGCGCGCGCUUGCAUUUAAAAGGUGCUCCUUUGCUUGCACAUGUGAGCAUGCUUGUUUGUGUGCAUCUGAGUUCCUCUGUGGUGGUUCAACACCGCAUGAAUGCACUCUGUCUGACCUCUGACCUUUUUACAGUGUUGCAGUGUGCCUGAAUGUCACAUUACACCCCUGCCUUCCCUUGUUUCUUCUCCUGUGUAACGCCUCAAGUACUGUGUGUGGACAGAGCACAGCUGGACUCUGUUCUUGGUGUACGUUUGAGGACUGAUGUUACAUGUGUUGGUUGCAGCCGGCUUUGUGAGAAGGAGUUACAGAAAAAGGACAUUUCUUCAAAAAAAGAAAAGCUACUUUCACUGGAAUAAACCCCUCUGGUAAAGGAGAAGAAUCAUUCAUGUUGCCAAAAAAAAAGUGACUGAAGGAGGGAGAAGCUGUUUGAGAUAAAACAGUUGGAUGUCUAAGUGCUUUACUGUCACCCGGCAGCCAUCUUUGCUGUGGUUGUAAUCACUAACGACAGCCUGAACUCACUGCAUGGUCCCCGAUUCCCUCUUCUCCUUUUGGUGUAGCAACCCUGUUAUCUACUGCACACCCUGACGUACUAUGAAUGUGCCAAUUUUAAUAUGUCUCUUUAUUUCUGUCUCUCUUCUUUACUUCUCUGCUAAUCUGUUCUCUCUCUCUCUUUCUGGAAAGUGACCAAACCUGCUCUUGUAUUUCUUUUUCUUCAGUCUUUUUCUCUUUUCCUCUCCUAUAUUGAAAAAAAGUCUGCUAUAAUAUUAACUGGUAUCGCUGUUUCUUGUCAGUGUAUUGAGGAAUGUCACGUAGGCUAAUGACUUUGCAAAUGUUUCAUUACUUGUUUUAUAUUAUCAUUAAUAAAUAUGCUUCUUGUAUUUAAAGCUGUGAAAUGAUAUAAUCUGUUUUUAAAACUUUGCCAAAUCAGUAAAACAUUGAAAUGGAAAAA